AGAAGUGUAUUCAGAUCAAGGCAUGUGUCUGGUUCCAGGCGUCGAAGUUGUAGGAGCAUUACUCCCUCGUACGCGGAAAGCCAUCCUUCUUAUGAUAUAUCCCAACCCCACCAGAAUUAGUCGCCAUUGCUGGAUAGCAAAGUUCACAUACCGAUGAAGAAGUGAGUCAAAAUGUCGGCUUCUCAAAUGCUAGGCGGGCCUUCGCGCUGUGGCUGGGUACUGGGUCCGUCCCUUGAUAAGAUCAUCAAGAACGUCGCCUGGAGGAAACACUCGCAGCUCGUCGCCGCCUGCAAGUCCGCUCUCGACAAGCUUGAUUCCGUUGUUGACGACCCUGUAGAUCCAGCUUCCUGCACCCCUCUCUAUGGCCUCUCUCCUUCCGAUGCUGAUUUCGUCUUGCAACCCCUCAUCAUGGCUCUCGACUCUGCAUCUCCCAAAGUUGUCGAACCCGCCCUAGAUUGCGCCUUCAGGUUAUUCUCCUUGGGCUUGAUCCGAUGCGAGAUCGACACCCCCAGCCCUAACCCAAGUCCUCCCUCCCUCAUUUUCCGCCUUAUAGAUUCCGUCUGCAAAUGCGGCGCUCUUGGGGACGAAGCAAUCGAGCUUGCCCUUCUCAGGGUCUUGCUCUCCGUCGUUCGAUCUCCCUACGUGCUUGUCAGAGGUGAUUGCCUUGUCCACGUUGUUAGGUCCUGUUACAAUGUCUAUCUCGGGGGCAUGAAUGGCACCAAUCAGAUUUGCGCCAAGUCCGUCCUUGCUCAGAUGAUGAUGAUUGUUUUCACCAGGGUGGAGGAGAACUCCAUGAUGGUGGAAUUCAAGACCGUCUCUGUGGCUGAACUCUUGGAGUUCACGGAUAGGAAUUUGAAUGAGGGCAGCUCUAUACAGUUCGCCCAGAACUUUCUCAAUGAGAUUGUGGAUGCCAAGUCCAAGGAAGGCCUUGCUGAAUCGAAAUUGUGUUUGCAGUUGGAGAAUGACAAGGGUGAAAAAAAGAAGGGUGAGCCCACUGAUGGGGAACUGAGUGAGGAAGCUGAUCUGAGUGGUUACAGUAAAAUUAGAGAGGACGGUUUCAUGCUCUUCAAGAAUUUAUGUAAGUUGUCUAUGAAGUUUUCAUCACAGGAGCAUGCGGAUGACAACAUUUUGUUAAGGGGGAAAGUGUUAUCGUUGGAGCUCCUAAAGGUUAUAAUGGAUAAUGCUGGUCCAAUUUGGCGCUCAAAUGAGAGGUUUAUGUCAUUCUGUUACUGUUUCUUGUUCAUGAAUCAGUUGAGUCUUUAACUCUCUCUUUUUAUGAAGGAAUGCUUUCAAAUCUUCCUUCACAUGCGACGGAACUUUAGGACAAGAUUCGCUUUUAAUGAGACAGGAAGCCUACCUCCUUAUCCUUGCUUGGCUAUGUACACUCAUACUCUCUUUUGCAGCAAUGCACAUGCUUUUUUGCCGUUGUAUUAUACUGUUAUUCAUAUAUGUUUCCUGUCACUAAAUUCUCAUGUUUAUUUUCAUCUAAAUUGAAUUAAAACAGCUUUAAUUCCAUCAGAUAUUUGCAGGACUGUUAAUGGUCUUCUUAAAACUGCUCUUGGUCCACCUCCUGGUUCCACUACUACAUUGUCUCCAGUCCAAGAUAUUACAUUUCGUUCUGAAUCGGUGAAAUGCUUAGUUACAAUUAUAAAGUCAAUGGGGACGUGGAUGGACCAACAACUGAAGGUAGGGGACCCCAAUCUAGAUAAGGUGUCUGAUCAUGAAGUGCCAGAAGCCGCUACCAGUGUUAGUGAAGAGGGAAAUAUUAUUGACUACGAGCUGCAUCCGGAAGCAAAUUCUGAAUUUUCUGGUGCUGCUGCCUUGGAGCAGCGCCGUGCUUAUAAAUUAGAAAUACAGAAAGGUGUUUCCCUGUUCAACAGAAAGCCUUCAAAGGGGAUUGAUUUUUUAAUGAGCACCAAAAAGCUUGGCAAUUCCGCAGAAGAUGUAGCCUCUUUUCUGAAGAACACGACCGGAUUAAAUCCAUCCAUUAUUGGUGAUUAUUUGGGUGAAAGAGAGGAGUUUCCUCUGAAAGUUAUGCAUGCAUAUGUCGAUUCUUUUAAUUUUGAAGGUAUGGACUUUGGUGAAUCAAUCAGAUAUUUCCUUAGAGGGUUCAGAUUACCUGGUGAAGCUCAGAAGAUUGACCGUAUAAUGGAGAAGUUUGCGGAGCGCUAUUGUAAAUGCAACCCAAACUCUUUUACCAGUGCAGAAACAGCUUAUGUGCUUGCUUACUCUGUGAUAAUGCUCAAUACAGAUGCACAUAAUAGCAUGGUGAAAGAUAAGAUGACAAAAGCUGAUUUCAUCCGGAACAAUCGAGGGAUUGACGAUGGGAAGGACUUACCUGAAGAUUAUUUGGGUGCUCUCUAUGACCAAAUAGUGAAAAAUGAGAUAAAGAUGAAUGCAGAUUCUUCUGUACCGCAAAACAAGCAGGGUAACAGUCUUAAUAAGCUUUUGGGUUUGGAUGGUAUACUGAAUCUAGUAUGGAAACAGAGAGAAGAAAAACCACUGGGUGCCAAUGGGGUUCUUGUGAGGCAUAUUCAAGAGCAGUUUAAAGCAAAAUCUGGAAAAUCGGAGUCUAUCUAUUAUGUCAUUGCAGAUCCAGCUAUAUUGAGAUUUAUGGUAGAAGUCUGCUGGGGUCCCAUGCUUGCUGCUUUCAGCGUCACCCUAGACCAGAGUGAUGAUAAGAAUGCCACUUCUCAAUGUUUGCUGGGGUUCAGGCAUGCUGUGCACAUUACAGCUGUGAUGGGUAUGCAGACGCAGAGAGAUGCUUUUGUCACAUCUAUGGCAAAGUUCACUUAUCUUCAUUGUGCUGCAGAUAUGAAACAAAAAAAUGUUGAUGCAAUGAAAACAAUAAUGUCGAUUGCCAUUGAAGAUGGGAAUCAUCUUCAUGAAGCUUGGGAGCAUUUUUUGACGUGUCUGUCUCGAUUUGAGCAUCUGCAGCUGCUGGGGGAGGGUGCACCAUCUGAUUCCUCUUUUUUUACUACCUCGAACUCUGAAUCUGAGGAAAAGACAUUGAAGUCAGCUGGAUUUCCAUCACUGAAGAAAAAAGGGACACUCCAAAAUCCAACUGUUGCUGCUGUUGUUCGAGGGGGUUCAUAUGACAGCGCAACUGUUGGAGCUAACUCUCCAGUAUUGGUGACUCCAGAACAGAUAAAUAACUUCAUUUCAAACUUAAACUUACUUGAUCAGAUCGGCAACUUUGAACUAAAUCACAUAUUUGCUCAUAGCCAAAGGCUGAACAGUGAAGCAAUAGUUGCUUUUGUCAAGGCCCUUUGCAAAGUUUCGAUGUCAGAACUACAGUCUCCAACAGAUCCCCGUGUAUUUAGCCUUACAAAAAUUGUUGAAGUUGCGCACUAUAACAUGAACCGUAUCAGAUUAGUGUGGUCCCACAUAUGGAGUGUUCUUUCAGAGUUCUUUGUGGCUGUUGGUUUGUCAGAAAAUCUUUCAGUUGCAAUUUUUGUCAUGGAUUCAUUGCGACAACUUGCUAUGAAAUUUUUAGAACGAGAGGAACUGGCGAAUUACAACUUUCAGAAUGAAUUUUUGAGACCAUUUGUUAUUGUCAUGCAGAAAAGCAAUUCUGCUGAAAUCAGGGAAUUGAUAGUUCGUUGUAUUUCCCAAAUGGUUCUGAGUCGUGUCAAUAAUGUAAAAUCCGGGUGGAAGAGUGUUUUUAUGGUUUUUACAGCUGCUGCUGCAGAUGAAAGGAAGAAUAUUGUGUUGCUGGCCUUUGAAACCAUGGAAAAGAUUGUACGGGAAUAUUUUCGUUAUAUUACUGAGACUGAAACAUUGACUUUUACUGAUUGUGUUAGAUGCCUCAUCACCUUCACAAACAGCAGAUUCAACAGUGAUGUUAGCCUCAAUGCUAUUGCUUUUCUCCGUUUCUGUGCUGUCAAACUUGCAGAAGGGGGCCUUGUUAGCAACGAGAAAAACAACAAUAAUGAUUCAUCUAUUCCAGUGGUCGAAGAUGAGGCUUCAGAUGGGAUGUUCUUCACAGAUAAAGAUGAUUAUAUGUCUUUCUGGGAGCCUCUGCUCACAGGGUUAUCAAGAUUGACUUCAGAUCCCCGAUCAGCCAUCAGAAAGAGUGCAUUGGAAGUUCUUUUCAAUAUCUUGAAGGACCAUGGCCAUCUCUUUCCACGCCUAUUCUGGAUUAAUGUCUUCAAGUCUGUAAUCUACCCAAUGUUCAGUCCAGUAAACGAUAGCGCAGAAGCUCAAGUGAAGUACGACCAGUCUUCAUUUAAAUCCAGAUAUAUACCACUGGAUGGAUGCUUAUGGGACUCUGAAACUUCUGUGGUGGCAGCUCAAUGUUUGGUGGAUCUAUUUGUUAAUUUCUUUGGUAUGGUGAGGUCUGAAUUGCCAAGUGUUGUGUCUAUAAUGGUUGGAUUUAUAAAAGGUUCUGGCAAAGAUCCUGCAACCACUGGGGUAGCUUCUUUAAUGCGUUUGGCAGGUGAUUUGGGAGGCAAAUUUCGUGAAGAGGACUGGAAGGUUAUCUUUCUAGCUCUGAAAGAAGCUUCAAAUUCCACUCUACCCAAUUUUUCUAAGCUUUUGAGAACAAUGGACGGCAUUGAGAUACCCAUUAGUCAGUCUGAUAAUGAUAGGGAGUUUUCUACUGGGGCUGGAUUAAUAAAUGACGAAUCAGAGGAUGACAACCUGCAUACUGCACGAUAUGUUGUUUCAAGAAUGAAGGAUCAUAUAGCGGCUCAGUUGCGCAUCAUACAGGUGUUGUCUGAUCUCUACAAGAUGUGUCGGCGAUCAGUAUCAACUGAUACUAUCAAUAUCCUCCUUGGUAUUUAUUCAUCUGUUACUUCUCAUGCCCAGCAAUUGAAAUCCGAGAAAGGUGUACAAGUGAAGCUGCAAAAAGCAUGCUCUAUCCUUGAGAUACCAGAACCUCCGCUGGUGUAUUUUGAAAAUGAGUCCUACCAGAAUUACCUCAACUUCUUGCAUGGGCUGCUUGUUAACAAUUCAUCAUUGGUUGAAAAGAGAAAUAUAGAAACGGAACUUGUGGGUGUAUGUGAAGAAAUUCUACGCGUAUACUUGGACUGUGCUGGAUUGAACUCUGUCAAGAGGAAACCAGAUGUUAAGGCAACAUACCUGUGGAAUCUUCCUUUGGGUUCAGCUAAGAAGGAAGAGCUGGUAGCAAGGACUCCCUUGGUUUUGUCAGUAUUACGCAUUCUCAGCAGUUGGCAAAGCGAUUCUUUUAGGAGAUACAUUUCUCAGUUGUUCCCACUAAUGGUAGAUCUUGUUCGGAGUGAGCAUAGCUCAGGAGAAGUUCAGCGUGAGCUCAGUCAUUUUUUUCAAUCCUGUAUUGGCCCCAUUAUUAUGAAUUUGUGAUAUAUAUUAUAUACACCAUUUACUGAGCUAUGCUAGGCUGCCUUGGCCAUUUCUUAGCCAUUUAACUGACCAUAAAUAUUGCUACUUCCUGAUUUUGUUUAUACUUUAGGCAGUCUGAAAAUUUUGUUUCUAGGCUCAGGAUAUGAAAUUUUGGAAGCAUUAAUCUUUCUAUCAAGAGGCUCGUUCAUAUUUAACAUUCC